AUGUACACUCCUGGUUUUGGAAGUGUUGAAGCCUCACCUUUUGGCACCAAUUCCAGCAGCAAGCCUGAACCAGUCAUGGCCUCUUUGUCAUCACCACCAUCAGUCAGUUUUGGUCAAGCCACAACUUCAGGCAUCAAAUUUGGAUUGGGCCCUUUUCCAGCACCAUCUUCAGAGACCAAAUCUGCUCCCAAAACUGAAAAAGCAAAAAAAACUCAGAUUCCUCCUCUAGAUUUUAUACCCUUGCUGGAAAACCAGUGGAGAAAUAUGGAUUGGAGUGAAGAAGCGAAGGAGGCCCUGAUGGAGUCGGUCAGGUCGUUUAAACCGGCCAGCGAGAGCGUGACUGAAGCCAGGGUCCUGCUGAUCGGCCCAGUCGGCGCUGGGAAGUCCAGCUUCAUCAGUUCUGUCCAGUCUGUGUUCUCUGGACGGGUCAUUAACAGAGCCAUGGUGGGAUCAUCAUCCGCUACCAGCUUCACCAAGAAGCUUCGCUCGUUCAGCAUCAGAGGGGCCGGAGAGAAGGCGGACGAGCCCACAGCUCUGGUCAUGUGCGACGUCAUGGGCGUCGGUGAAGGAGAAACCACUGGACUGACUCUCCAUGAUGCGCUGUCGGUCAUUAAAGGACACGCUCCAGAGGGACACCAGUUUAGUCCCGAGCAGCCAGUGGGAGCAGACACCGUGGGCUACGUGCGGAAGCCGAGCGCCACGGAUAAAGUGCACUGCGUGGUGUUUGUAGUAGACGCCUCAAAGGUCGCCUCAUACGCCAAAAGCUUCGGCACAACCUUCCAGCAGCUGAGAGAACACAUCAGCAACCUAGGCGUACACCAGGUGGCAUUGCUGACCCACGUGGACCAAGUCUGUAAAGCUACCGGGAGUGACGUCACGCACGUUUACCGGAGCCAGAGCGUUCAGCAGGCAAUGCUGAAGGCCGGAGCGCUGCUGGGAAUGGCCACUUCCUACAUCGUCCCAGUGAAGAACUACUGCUCAGAGCUGGAUCUGGACGAAAACACAGAUACUCUACUGCUCAAAGCUGUCGAUCAUAUCUUACAAUAUGUCAAUCUGUAUUUCCAAGACAACAGCGAUUAAAGCACU